CAUUUUUUGGCAGAAAUGCAGAAAAUAUCUGCAUUUGUGCAAUUUGUUGUGGUUAUCCAUGGUGGGUCUUUAAGCUGCAAUUGCACAUCUAUUCCACUUGGCAGCACUGCUGAGUCAAUCUGAGGUUGAGCUACUGGAGUGACAACAAUUGUAAACAAUGAUAUUUGUUGUCAUUGUCGUUAUCCCUUGGAUUGAGAGUCUUUAUCUUAGCAACACAUUUUGGAGCUUCCACCUGAAUAAAAUGUUUUUGCUCCCCGUGCACAAGCUAAGGUCCAUCAAAGCAUGUUUGGAUGGUUUUGGUGUGGAAGAAGCUAUCAGGGAAGUUUGGGAUGAAGAAGAAUGGAAAUAGCAAGCAAGUCACUUCCUCUGCUUGGACCAGUGGCAACAUAAAUAAUCCUGGCCCCACCUACUCAUCUUCUGUGCCCUGCCCCCUUUAUGUCCCAAAAUACAUAGACAAACCUGUUGCUCUCAAACACAGAUGGCACGCUGAGCUGGGGCAACAGGCAAAACCAGGAUGGGACCAAAGCCAGAUCUUGGCGGAAGGUCAGUUUGAGUGUACAUCCCUCCGUUGCUGCAACGCACUUUUUCCAAACCUCAUCCGAAUGCGUGACGUUGCCACCAAGAUGACUUGAUGUGGAGGUUUUUUCUUUAAAAAAGGUAAACAAGAUAGAAGACGAGUGUCGAGAGAAGUCCAAGAUUGUAUGGACUAAGCAGGUAUUUUUAAAAAAGAUUUUUUGAAGACUUACAUCUGAAUCCCUCCUGGUGACACUUCCCACCAAACCAUGGAUGAAGGUGCCAAGGGUCCCGAGGAGAAAGUCAUGCACGAGGCCCUGGUCCAAUUCAACACCACCUUGCAGGCCGCCGUGAAGGAGGUCCACGUCGACGUGAGCGCCUUCAAGCAGCGUAUGGAGCAACGCAUGGAAGACAUGAGCGUCUCCAACCAGCCCCUGGUCGAAGCCGUAAACAGGCUCCAGGAGGAGAACCUGCAGCUCCGCGCCAAGCUGGAGGCCCUCAGCCGUCUGGUAGAGAGUCUGGCCGGGGUGCAGAUCGACAGGAGUUCCCCCGGCGGGUCGAAGGGUGCGGAGAAUGGACUUAAGGAGAUGCAGACCAGGAACCGGGAAGACCUGAGGGGCCCGGCAGGUCUGGCUGCAUCCUCUGAGGAGUCAAUCGGACCUGCAUGGAGGACAAAGAAGCUGAUGGAAAUAAACGGUGUGGAGGCCAAGGCGACGGAACAGCAAAAUGAGACGCAAGGAGACUCUGCUCCGCCGCCCCCCCGGCCCCACAUGCCGCUCACUGCCGUCACCAAGCACGGCUCAGCCCAGGAGGAGCUGGGAGGUCCUUCCGAACCUCAUCUGCCCAUCACGGCCGUGACAAAAGUCAACACGGAAGCUCCAGCGGUCGCCCACCCUCCCGCUUCCGUGUCCAAAGCGUCAACGGAAAGCACGGUGAAAGCCUUCAGAAAUAAAAGUGAUGCAGAUGAACCCCAGCCUCAUCUUCCCAUCUCUUCCGUCACCUCCAAAGUCAAUCAGGAAGCAGCCAAACCUUCCCAGGAUCCAUCCGUGGAGUGUCUUCCUAAUAAAGGAGCAUCUCGGGAUCAAACGUCCUUGGUGUCUGCCCACCAUCCGCUCGCCGCCGCCCCUAAAUCUGAUCCAUCGCCGCCGGAGUCCCAGACCAUCAAACCAAGAGAGUAUCCAUUCCGACGCGGAUUAGAUGUCAGCAGCGAAGCCAAGCCACUCUCGCCUCUCUCACCUCUCUCGCCUCUCUCGCCUCUCUCGUCUCUCUCGGCUUCUGGGAAAGCCAACGCCGAUACGCCGGAAGCCACGGUUAAACCCGGGGAAUACCCCUUCAAGAGAGCUCCCGUCCUAAAGACGCCCAGCCCCAGUCUGAAGAGAAGUGUCAGCUUUCCUCAGCCGGCAGAAAAGCUUCUUCCCUCCAAAUCAAUCCUAAAAGCAGGUUUCUCGCCAAGUUUUGACAAGAAAACCAACUCCACCGGCGUUGAGUUCAAACCAGACCCGGUGAAGUCUCACACGCUCCCUCGCUCCAGCGGGGCACAGGCCAAACGUGCCCUCUUCGAGAGGAUGAACUCGGAGCCGACAAAGCCCAAGGACUCCAAGCCCAAACUGAAGCGAUCCCAGAGCUUUGGAGUCUCGAGCGCUAGCGGUAUAAAGCAGAUCCUGCUGGAGUGGUGCCGCUCAAAAACCAUCGGAUACCAGAACAUCGACAUCCAGAAUUUCUCCUCCAGCUGGAGCGACGGCAUGGCCUUCUGCGCUCUGGUCCAUUCCUUCUUCCCGCUGGCGUUUGACUACAACACGUUACAGCCCGCCAACCGCAAGCAGAACUUGGAAAUGGCCUUCACCACGGCCGAGGACCAGGCCGACUGUCUCCGUCUGAUCGAGGUGGACGACAUGCUGGAGAUGGGGGACAAGCCAGACCCCAUGUGCGUGUUUACUUAUGUGCAGUCCCUGUACAAUCACUUGAAGACGUUUGAGUAACUCUGUAUCAGAGAUCAGCAUCAUGACAAAAAUACACAUUGUAGUUUUGCCACAGUAUAUCUAACCAGCGCCUUCAGCAAGCUGCUGUGCUACUACUACUGGUGUGACUCCAGUUGCGUGUGUGCCUAGAUUGGCAGUGUUUACACUAUUCUUAUAUAUACACGACACAUAUAUACACUGUGUUAAUGUGCAAAAA